UGAAAAGAUACUCUCCAAGACAAGAACAAAACUAAUAUAUCCAAAAACGCUAUGGAGCGAAAUCAAAUCAGCGAUGCGAACUCAGGCGCAAGAAGUAGCCGGAACGAUGCGGCGCGUUUCGAUACAUUGCCGGAAGAUUGCAUAUCAAUAGUGGUUUCCCAUACAUCACCACGAGACGCUUGCGUUAUGGCUUCGGUUUCGAAAACGGUCAAGUCAGCAGCUGAAUCUGAUUUGGUUUGGGAGAAGUUUCUUCCGCCGGAGCACUCUUCUCUUGUUUCUCCGUGGAUGAGAUUCUCGUCAAAGAAGAAGAUGUAUAUGUAUAUCGCUAAUGAUUCAUUUCUGUUCGACGGCGGCAAAAAGAGGUUUUGGUUGGAAAAAGGGAGUGGGAAGAUGUGUUGCGUGUUAUCUGCAAUGGAUUUGACGAUCGCAUGGAGUGAUUGGCCUGAUUGUUGGCAAUGGAAGAAAGAUCCUGAAUCUAAGUUUAAGGAGGUAGCAGAACUUCGUGAGGUGUUUUGGUUCGAGAUUCGGGGAAAGAUAGGUUGCGAAAUGUUGUCCAAGGGGACACAUUACACUGUCUACUUAGUGUUCAAGAGAGCGGGUGAUGGAUCAUACGGGUUUGAUAACAAGCCCAUGGAUGCUCAAGUCGGGUUUGUGGGGAAAGAUGCUACCAAAACGUUAGUGUUACUCGAACCAAGACGGGAUGGUUAUCUUUACGUGAGUGAUUCGCUGAAAACGGUGCUUAUAGAGGUUAGGGCAGAGCCCAAGGAGAGAGGAGAUGGGUGGAGUGAAGUGAAGCUUGGGAAUUUUUACAUCAACGAUGGUGGUUGUGAUGAUAAUGAUGAGAUUGAGUUUUCUAUUAUGGAGGCUUCGAAAAGAAAAGGUGGUUUGAUUUUCCAGGGAAUCGAGAUUAGGCCUAAGACUGAAGAAAUGGUGAUAGCUAAGUGAUCAAUAGAGUUUAAAGCUUUUUUUUUGUAUUGGCUGCUACUGCUACAGUUUGGAGUGUUUGAUAUGCAAACUAAGAAGUUUUAGAAUUAUUUAUCUUGUGUACCAAUGUUUGAACGUCAACAACUUAAUCUCAUAAAAAGAGAACUAAUAUAUGUUCAAGCUCC